AUGGGCGAUUAUCCAAUCAGAAAGGACAUAGACAUUGAACAAGGAGGAUCUCGACGCAAAAGUUACGAACGUUACGAAGAAGAAACGAUUUUAAGUCUGCGCAUCGGGAAAGACAAACUGAAUAAAAAGGGUCAAAGGAAGGCUCAUUAUGAAGAAAGUGAUGCAGAAAAAAAGCGCAACUCAGAAAAAGUAAGACAACUUAAAAAGGAAAUUAAGGAAUUAUAUCUUCAGUUGAGAAAGCCUGGAAAGUUUGAUGAAACCACAUUAAGAGUUCAAAAUCAGUCUGUCAAAGAUGUAAAUGCACUACGGAACAAGCGUAAUGAAGAGGUUGCUGUUAUUAUUGACUACAAAAAUGUAGACAAACAAAAGAAGUUAGAUCUUUUAAAAUACCAAUCAAAGAAGCAACAAGAAAAACUUAAGAAGCUUACUGAUGAAUAUAAGCAACUUACAUCAAAAAUUGCUAAUGAGCAAGCUAAAAAGAAGUCUGAAGCUCAAACUACACAGCGUAUAUGUACCUUGGAAAAUCAAAUUCAUAGAGUUGAAAUGAACAUGAUGGAGGCAGAACACAUAAAAAAGAAAUAUUGCUCAAUUAGAAGUAGCUUGCUAGAAGAUAGUGUUCAUUUUGAGAGUUCUCUUUUGAAACUUGAAGGAGAUAUUCAAAAGCAAGAAAAAGAAAUUCAGCAUCUUCAGGGUAUUCAUAAAGAAGCUCUUGAAUUACGAGAUAUGACGAAAGGUACUCUAAUGAAACAAGAAAUAAUGGCUCUAAAUGCUGGUAAAAACCGAGACAGACAGUUGGUGGAAUUUAGAGCACGAGUAGAAGACCGUAAGCACGAGCUAGAACGUCUUGAAAGGCGGAUUUUUCCAUCUGCUCGAGCUCUCGUUCACCAAGAUUCAGCUAGCUCUUCAGAAGUAACACAAUCUAUGGCUGAAGAAUCUGCCACAGCAAAAACAACAAGCAUGUUAGAAGCUGCAUUUAAUAAACUUAAGGAAGCCACUGGAGAGACUGAAAUAGAUGAAGUUCUACAAAGAUUUCUUUCUCAACGUGAAACAAUGUCUCGCUUAGCAUAUUUAAGAACCAUUACAGAAAAAGAAAAAAAGGAUUUGGAAAUGAAGAAAGAUUUCAUGGUUGAUGAGUUGGAAGCAUUCAAAUUUGCAGCAAGUAAAGACAAAGAACAAAAUAUGGAAGAAGUUGACAAAGUCAAGACUCAAUUACAAGAACAGAAAAGUAAAAGAGAAAGAGCAGAAGUGGAAAAUCAGAACACUGUCAUUACACUUUUAAAAAUAUGUAAUAUUCUAUAUGACAUUUGCAAGAAGCUUGAGCGAAUGGAUAGUACACCUGUACCGAAUAAAACAAAUGAUCCGAAAGCUGGAAAUGAAUAUAUAAAACUUCUGGAACAAAAAUUAAGUAGCACACUUGUAUAUAUUAGCCUGUGUAAAGAGAAUGAAAAUGCAGAAGAAGCUAAGGAAAUACCUUCUUUGAAGAAGGAGGCAGAAGAAGCCUGGAUGUUACCUGCCCCAGCAAAACCGGCAGAGGGCAAAACAGUUGGACUUUUGCCUGUAUCAGAAACAGAUGAGGAAGAAGAUGUCCCAUCAAGAAGUUAUCUAAAGCGACAAGCUCAAAUAAUAGUAGAUGCUAAAUCAAGACGUAAGCAAUUCAACUUUAACAGAGGAAGAAAAUAAAUUAUAAAAUAAGAAAUUAUAUACACUGGUUAAUA